AUACCUUGAGCGGUGCAUGUCGUGAUGUUGAUCGUGUUCGUCUCGAGUCCUCUCCCGGAUGAGUAGUCCGAUAGCUGCAUACGCCCACAUCCCCAAAGUGCAUCACGUGUGGGGUACCAGAAAAUUUCCAUGAAGGCCAAAACUUCGACUCAAACAACAUCUAAUAGACUAGGAAAAUACCACAACGACCAUCUCCCCGCCCGCCCCCCCAAAAGAAAGAAACAAAAUGAAGAUUCUUAGCCUAAACUUUCUGACCUGCGCGGUUAAGACUUGCAAAUCCUCGGCGGCCUCGUUCCCCCUACACCCCAAGGACGCGGAGCUGGUGCAGGACGACAUCGAGGUCAACCCCCAGCUCCUGCUCAACGUCCUGCCCCGCUUAGACUGGGCCGCCCUGCGAACGAACGCGACCGAGUUGGGCUUCCCCGAACUCCCCUCCGAGCCCCCCUCGGCGGAGCAGCUCGAGGGUGACGAGAAGAUGCUCAAGGACCUGCACCAUCUGCUCAUGGAGACGCAGAUCAUGGAGGGCAAGCUCGUCUGCGGCGAGUGCGGGCACGAGUACGCCAUCCGCGAGGGUAUCGCCAACUUCCUGCUGCCGAGCCAUCUGGUUUAGGCCCAAUGUAGUGCAGGUCUUGAAGGGGGGCGACGACGGAUUGCGAUGACGGUCUUUGCGGGCACCGGAGCUGCAAAGACUUGAGACGGCCAUAUCGGACUUGAGAAGGGAGGCGUUUACGGCGUUUCAUCGACAUCAUGAAGAGGUCUAGUGGGGAUGGGCGGCCACAAGAGUGAAAAAAA